GGUUCCUCCGCCUCAGCCAGGCAUGCCCCCUCGCGCCGGAAUGCAUCCCGCCUAUAUGACUGCCGAUCAGCAGCAACAACUCGCAUAUCAGCAGUAUAUGGCAUCGCAGUCACAAGCAGCGGCUGCCAGCGGACAGUACCCUCUGCCGCCUCAAGCUCGCAUGCCCCCGCAGCACCCUCCCCAGGCAUAAGCCAAAGGCGGCAACCUGAGGAGGACGCGUGAGGGACGCGCAUGCGAAUGAACUUUGAGGUCACCGGGAGUUUUUUUUUUUUUAAUUCUUCUAUCAAAAAUGCUGAUCAAGAUGGCUUUUGUUUUCACGCGGUCACGGAAUGUGGUACGACAAACUAUUCAACAAACACUCGUUUGAUACCCCACUCGCUCCCCUCCCAGCCCGACCGUGCCUGCCAGCCUCUUUUCUCAUAUUUAAAAUCCCCCACUUUGGAGGAGGAAGUGAUUCCAACUCCAAGAAAAAACAAACUUAAUCAUCAAAACCCGAAAAAACCCUGUUUCCUUGUUCCUCUUGUCGUGUUCCCUCGUGUGGUUGACUCUUUGAGGGCGCUGUCUGCCUCUGGGCCUUUUGGGGAAAUCAAAAAGGGUUUGGGUCUGCAGAAAUGGAUCUCAUUUCGUGUUCAUUAUGACUCGUCGACGACUGGCUCGGUGUUUGGUGCGAAUUUGUCGGUCUGGUUGAUUUUUGCGUCUGUUUGUUUUGCGUUUUUUCUCGUUAUGGUUUCGUACCUGCUUUUCUCGUUUUGUUAUUACCCUCUUUUUCCUUGUCUGUUUGCUCUUUGGUAUUUAAAUAUCCCAAAGGAAAGAUUCUCUUUGUUAUCAUCUCCAGCCUCGUCGACAUUCUUCAAAAGUGGAUUACCAAAUGGCAGUGGGCUUUCGGCACUACAACCACCAACCUGUGACGUUUGUUCGUAACAAUCUGGUCUGGUCUGAGACGUGUUGUGCCUCUUGCUCCUUGCUCCUUAUCUCGGCGCAGGUAGUCUCUCUUGUCCGCUAUUCCCUCAUGCUCUUCUUUUUUUUUUAUUUCCUUUUCCAGUUUUACGUUUCUUUACUGUUUAAUGGUACGAGCUGGAUGACCUGGGACGGGAUCGCGCGGGGACGAGCGUGAGGGCCACGAUAGGGUUGGGCAGGGCAUAUUUUAAUGACUGCUGAGAUGCUGGGAUGAUGAUGAGAAGGAUUAGCGAUGGAU